GUACGCUGCCAGGCACUCCUACCAGGCACUCGGAGUACGCUAUACCAGUACGCUACCAGGCAGUGCGCCGAGCCGGAGAAGAAGGCCCUCAGCUCCUGCAAGGUCAUCCACUUCCCCGUGUACUGCGCGCCAGCCAGCGAGACGAUCCUGGCACCGAUGGACACCACCAAGGACCUGAACGAGGCGAACCUCAAAGACGCACUCCAGACGACUCUCUUCGGUACCGCCUACGACUACAGGGACCAACUU